GCCUUCCUGACAGGCAUGACCAACAUGCUUGGCGGGAACAUCCUUGGUGACUUGGUGACAGGAAACUCACUACCUCCGCCCUUUGCCAAUUUGCUUUCCUCUCCCACCCCUCUCAGUUAUUGCAAUCUUUGCUGUAGCAUUUUGCGCCCCUGAUGCAGCAGAGGCCCGCAAGUCUGGGAGUGGGAGGAACCCCGCUGGAACCCCUAGGCCCAGCCGGGAGUCUGAGAAGCCCCAGCUGGGGCUGCGGUGGGCGCGCAGCAGCUAACUGCUGAAUGUAGCAGCGGCGCCGCCUUCCUGCUGGGAUCGCCUCGCCUCUCCGCCUCCCUCAGGCAGGGGGUCCUCCUUCUCAAGCUCGUCGCUGCUCCAGCCCCAGGCCCACGGCCACGCGCAGCAACGUUCCUCUUCGCAGCUCCGGUCACCUGCACGGCCGCCCUCGGCGCUGGGGUCCGCUGCCCCCGACCCGGAGCUGGGGACCAGGGCGCGGGGCGCGCGCGGGCGGCCACGGGCUCUUUCCUCCCUUCUCCCCACCCCACGCGCUCCCCCUCGGCCCCUCCUCCCCACACUCCGCUGCCCUGCGCCCUCCGGAGAGUUGUCCGGCACCUUGGGCGAGGAGUUCGGAGCUGCCCCGCCGCAGAGCCCGCGCGGCCCUCAGAGCGCGAGCGACGCAGGGGCCGGAGCCCCGCCGCCGCCAUCUCUGCCUUCUGUGUGGGUUGGACCCCGGCAACGAGGUCUCCUUCCUACUUUGGAAACUGAAAGGACUGCGACAUAAACCAGUCUACUCUCUGAAGUAAGAUGAUUUGUCAAAAAUUCUGUGUGGCUUUGUUACAUUGGGAAUUUAUUUAUUUGAUAACUUCAUUUAACUUGGCAUACCCAAUUACUCCCUGGAGAUUUAAGCUGUCGUGCAUGCCACCAAAUACAACCUAUGACUUUCUCUUGCCUACUGGAAUGUCAAAGAACACUUCAAAUGUGAAUGAACAUUAUGAGGCAGUUGUUGAAGCUAAAUUUAAUUCAAGUAGUACCUACUUUUCUAAUUUAUCUUCCAAAAAAACUUUUCACUGUUGCCUUUGGAGCGAGGAAGAUAAAAACUGUUCUGUACAUGCAGAUGACGUGGAAGGGAAGGCAUUUGUUGCAACAGUGAAUUCUUUAGUUUUCCAACAAAUAGGUGCAAACUGGAACAUACAGUGCUGGACGAAAGAGGACUUGGAAUUAUUCAUCUGCUAUAUGGAGUCACUAUUUAAGAAUCCUUUCAAGGCUUAUGACCUUAAGGUCCAUCUUUUAUAUGUUCUGCCUGAAGUGUUAGAAGAGUCACUUCCGGUCCCCCAGAAGGGCAGUUUUCUGACUGUUCAGUGUAACUGCAGUGUUCGUGACAGCUGUGAAUGCCAUGUGCCUGUGCCCACAGCCAAACUCAACCACACUCUUCUUAUGUAUUUCAAAAUCACGUCUGGUGGAGUAAUUUUUCAGUCACCUAUGAUGUCAGUUCAGCCCAUAAAUGUUGUGAAGCCUGAUCCACCAUUAGGUUUACAUAUGGAAAUCACAGACACUGGCAAUUUAAAAAUUUCUUGGUCCAGCCCAACAUUGGUACCAUUUCAACUUCAAUAUCAAGUGAAAUAUUCAGAGAAUUCUUCAACAAAUAUGAGAAAAGCUGAUGAGAUUGUCUCAGCUACAUCUCUGCUGGUAGACAGUGUGCUUCCUGGGUCUUCAUAUGAAGUUCAAGUGAGGGGCAGGAGACUGGAUGGCCCAGGACUCUGGAGUGACUGGAGCGCCCCUCUGAUCUUUACCACACAAGAUGUCAUAUACUUUCCACCUAAAAUUCUGACAAGUGUCGGGUCUAAUGUUUCUUUUCACUGCAUUUAUAAAAAUGAAAACAAGAUUGUUUCCUCAAAAAAGAUUAUUUGGUGGAUGAAUUUAGCUGAGAAAAUUCCUCAAAGCCAGUAUCAUGUCGUGGGUGACCAUGUUAGCAAAGUUACUUUUCGCAGUUUGAAGGCAACCAAACCUCGAGGGAAGUUUACCUACGAUGCAAUAUACUGCUGCAACGAGCAUGAAUGCCACCAUCGCUAUGCUGAAUUAUAUGUGAUUGAUGUCGAUAUCAAUAUAUCAUGUGAAACUGAUGGGUACUUAACUCAAAUGACUUGCAGAUGGUCAACCAAUGCAAUCCAAUCACUCGUGGGAAGUACUUUGCAGUUGAGGUAUCAUAGGAGCAGCCUUUACUGCUCUGAUGUUCCAUCUAUUCAUCCCAUAUCUGAAUCUAAAGAUUGCCAUUUGCAGAGAGAUGGUUUUUAUGAAUGCGUAUUUCAGCCAAUCUUUCUAUUGUCCGGCUAUACAAUGUGGAUUAGAAUCAAUCACUCUUUGGGUUCACUUGACUCUCCACCAACGUGUGUUGUUCCUGAUUCUGUGGUGAAACCACUGCCUCCAUCCAGUGUGAAAGUGGAAAUUACUGUAAAAAUUGGAUUAUUGAAAAUAUCUUGGGAAAAGCCAGUCUUUCCAGAGAAUAAUCUUAAAUUCCAGAUUCGCUACGGCUUAAGUGGAAAAGAAGUACAGUGGAAGAUGUAUGAGGUACAUGAUGCAAAAUCCAAUUCUGCCAGCGUCCUGGUGCCAGAUCUGUGUGCUGUCUAUGCUGUUCAGGUGCGCUGCAAGAGGCUGGAUGGGCUGGGAUAUUGGAGCAAUUGGAGUAGUCCAGCCUACACAGUUGUCACAGAUGUAAAAGUUCCUACCAGAGGACCUGAAGUUUGGAGAAUAAUUAAUGAAGACACCACUAAAAAAGAGAGAAAUGUUACUUUACUUUGGAAGCCUCUGAUGAAAAAUGACUCAUUGUGUAGUGUAAGAAAAUACGUGGUAAAACAUCAUACUUCCCGCAAUGGAACAUGGUCAGAAGAUGUGGGAAAUCACACUCAAUUCACUUUCCUGUGGACAGAGCAAGCACAUUCUGUUACAGUUCUGGCCGUCAAUUCAAUUGGUGCUUCUUUUGUGAAUUUUAAUUUAACAUUCUCAUGGCCUAUGAGCAAAGUAAAUACCGUGCAGUCACUCAGUGCUUAUCCUUUAAACAGCAGUUGUGUGUUUCUUUCCUGGAAAUUAUCACCCAGUGAUUACUCUCUGAUGUAUUUUAUUACUGAGUGGAAAAUUCUUAAUGAAGACAGUGAAACUAAAUGGCUUAGAAUCCCCUCAUCCGUUAAGAAGUAUUAUAUUCAUGAUCAUUUUAUCCCCAUCGAGAAGUAUCAAUUCAGUCUUUACCCAGUAUUUAUGGAAGGAGUGGGGAAACCGAAGAUAAUUAAUAGUUUUACCCCAGAUGAUAUUGAAAAACGCCAGAAUGAUGCAGGUCUAUAUGUAAUUGUGCCAAUAAUUAUUUCCUCUUCAAUCUUAUUGCUUGGAACAUUAUUAAUAUCACACCAAAGAAUGAAAAAGAUGUUUUGGGAAGAUGUUCCAAACCCCAAGAACUGUUCCUGGGCACAAGGACUUAAUUUUCAGAAGCCAGAAACGUUUGAGCAUCUUUUUGUCAAGCAUACAGAAUCAGUGAUAUUUGGUCCUCUUCUUUUGGAGCCUGAAGCCAUUUCAGAAGAUGUCAGUGUUGACACAACAUGGAAAAAUAAAGAUGACAUGGUGCCAACAACUAUGGUCUCUCUACUUUUGGCAACUCCGGAUCUUGAAAAGGGUUCUAUUUGUAUCAGUGACCAGCACAACAGUGCUGACUUCUCUGAGCUUGAGAGCAGCGUGGUAACCUAUGAGGAUGAAAACAGGAGACAGCCCUCUGUUAGAUAUGCUACCCUACUCAGCAGCUCUAAAUCAAGUGACAUUGAUGAAGAGCAAGGGCUUAUAAAUAGUUCAGUCAGCAAAUGCUUCUCUAGCAAAAAUAUUCUGUCCAAGGAUUCUUUCUCUAACAGCUCAUGGGAGAUAGAAACCCAGGCAUUUUUUAUAUUAUCAGAUCAGCAUCCCAAUAUAAUUUCACCACACCUUCCGUUCUCAGAAGGAUUGGAUGAAUUUUUGAAACCUGAGGGAAAUUUCCCUGAAGAAAAUAAUGGUGAGAGGUCUGUCUAUUAUUUAGGGGUCACCUCAAUCAAAAAAAGAGAGAGUGGUGUGUUUUUGACUGACGAGUCACAAGUGUUGUGUCCGUUCCCAGCCCAUUGUUUACUCACUGACAUCAGAAUCCUCCAGGACACUUGCUCACAACUUGUAGAAAAUCAUUUCAGUUUAGGAACUAAUGGUCAGAAGACUUUUGUAUCUUACAUGCCUCAGUUUCAGACUUGUUCUACUCAGACUCGGAAGAUAAUGGAAAACACAAUGUGUGACCUAACUGUCUAAUUUCAUUCAAGAAACAUCUCAGAUGUAUGUUACAGUGAAUCAUAUGAAAUGUAUGUAAUACAGUCCACCAUGGUUGUGGAUAUGGGAGAGGAAGGAAAACUGUUAGAGUCAAACUUGAAAGUGAGUGUUUCCAAAUUAAAGGUAUCUGUCAUUGCUCAGUAAUAUUGACAAAAAAUGAGAGAAAGUCUUCAAGAGCCUGGCAAUGUAGACUGACUCUUCUAAUGAUUUCAUUAACAAGCUACACUAGGAAGAUCUCCAAUGGCUUGUUUCUAGCUAGAAAUGAACCCAACAAAUACCAUGUUUGGCGAACAUUAGACCUGUGUAGAAAGAGCUAAUCUUCUCGACUAUACCUAAGUUUAAAAGACACUGUGGGAUGUAACUUGUUUCAAAGGUAUGGUUGUUUUAUCUUGAGUUGUCUUUGUUUUCAACUGAUUCACACGCGCGCGCACACACACACACACACACACACACGUCUAUACAUAAGAGGCAUCCUCGUACAUUUUUGAAGUAUGUGAUAUAUUUGUAUUUGUGCCACUUGACUGUGUGAUUUUAAGAUUUUGCAAUUUAACAAACUUGCCUUGAGCACUUACUCGUGGUAGGCAGUCCGCUAAAUGUUGCAGAUUUAGAUCUGGCCUGGGGGAUAUACUUCUGAAGACUGACAAGUAAGCUGAUCUUUAUGUAUCGAAUAUAACCAUGCAAUGAUACUACCUAUCAGAAUGGCAAUACUAGAAUACAAACAGUAUUUUGAUGACAACAAAAGCAUUUUGAAAACAUAAUGUGUGUCUUAACGCUUCCCUAUAAAAUAUGUUGCAAGGGUUGCUUUCUGAUACAGUUAGAUGACUAAAUGCUACUGUAUAUCACUCUGGAAUUAUUGUCUUCCCUGAUUCCAACUUGCUUGUACGCUGUUUUUUUUUUUCUCACUUCUCUUUCAUAUAACCACCCACUGUGUUAAAGCUUUCCAUAUUUUAUCUCAAUCAAUUAUUAAAAUAAUUGUAUGAGACAUGUACUACUAUAACACCCUUAUUAAAGAUUAGAAGAUUAAGUAAUUUUCCCAAGGACACAGAGUUAGUGUAUAAUGGAACCAGAAUCCAGAUUUAAACCCAGAUCUUUUAAUGCUAGUGAUUAUGUUUUAAACCUAUACCUUACGUUGCCGUCCAUUAAAAAAAUGACUCACAAGCAGAUAAAAUUUGUUAAGUGGAUAUAUAAUCCUGGGUGAAAAUGAAGUGAGAAUUACACAGAUGUUGUUUUUGCCUUUAAAGACUUUAAUAUUUCUUGUUUGUUUCAGUUUUUGGUAUGGCAAGAAAACUCCGAGACAGCAUUUUGAGCAACAAACUAAUCAAGAAACCUGCAGAGAUAGAUGUUGAGUGUCAAUAAAUAAGAAUUUCAAGAUGAUCAGUAUAAUCAAAAUACAUACCUUAGUACUCAGAAAUAUGCCUAUUAGAUUGCUAAGCAUCACCAGUUUCAUACUUGGCCUGAGAGAGGAUCCUGCUGAUUUUACUGUUACCCUAGAUAAAAUCCUACACUCCAUCUCUAUUCUAGUUGUGGCCAUAUGAAAUGAGUAGUUCUAGACAGUGACAAAGAUCUCAGGGCCCAAACAACAGGUAUUUUUUUUCACACUUCAUGAUCAUUUGCCAAUUAGAAAUCAAUAAAGUUGUUUCAUGCCAUAA